UCAUGUGAUCAUGUGACAAUAUCACAACAAAAAUGUCUGCCUGCUUUUCGCUGCGGUAAAUUCUUUAAUCGUUUCACAAAAAUAUCAAAAGAGCGUGUGCAUUUGCGUCAAACCUACUGCGAAGCUGGCAUCAAAUUAAGACUUAUUUUAAACCAACUGAGUCAGAUAGUGAAUAUUUUUCUACCGGCAUCAUGGAGCCCACCGCAUCGGGAAUAUUCUGUAACAGGAUGCUCAGCAUGGUGAACUCUGAGGAUGUGAACGCCAUCAUUCAAGCUCAGAGACAUAUGCUGGACCGGUUUGAGAAGACCAAUGAGAUGCUGAUCAACUUUAAUGGGCUGUCCAAUGUGCGCUUACAGCAGAUGAAUGAACACUUUCUAAUGCACACCCGUACAUUAAUAGAGAUGAAGAAAGAUUUGGACAGCAUCUUCAGACGAAUAAGGACUUUAAAAGGCAAGGUUGCGAAACAAUAUCCAGAGGCCUUUAGCAACAUCAAUGAAUGUUCCAACCUGGAGGAUGAUGAUGAUGAGUUUGACCCCAUCCCCCCCAGUGUGGCCACCACCAUCACCACCACUGCAACGUCCGAGCAGAGCACAGAGUCAUGUGACACAAGCCCUGAUGUGAUAUCACCCACCAUUAGCUGCUGUUCCGAAGACCCCUCUCAAGAGAACACCGGCACACCAACCUCUGACAGUCACGAACCGGCAGUGUUACGGGACGAGGGUCCAGAUUCAGCUGACAUUUAAAUUUCAUCCAGAUGCCACUUAAUGAUGCAAGUCUACAAUUUAAUGUUUACUGUGUAAAAUUGUGCUACUAAUUUGGUGUUAUUUUCAGUUUUCUGUUGCAUAUAUUUAAAUGACUGCUGUGGUAAUAGCCUUGAAAAUUAAUUUUAACUAUUUUGUGCAGAUAAAACAAUUCCAAAGAUGAUUAUGAUACAAUUAAAUACAGACAUGUUUACCUGGUGCUGUGUAAUAUUUCAUGUUCAAAACCGCAAUAGUUAUUAUCUAGUAUUAUUAUUUUUUGAUUCAGAAAUGCUUGUCAUGAAUAAAAGCUUUGUAACUGUGA